CUUUGUUCGUGGGCAGUCGUCGCCGCUGUUCUCGCCGCUGAAUUGCCGUCGUCGAUCCGUCGUAGCGUUUUGCGCCUUGCGUUUCUGCGUUCUUGCGUCGAGCUGAGUGAUCCGUCGCGGACUGGAAAGUGAUUCGUUGUGAUCUGAUCUGAUGUGAUCUGAUCUGAUUUGAUAUGAAUUGAUUUGAUUGAUUCGCAAAACGGAGUUAAAAAUCGUGAAAAUCGACAAAGAAUAUGCACAGCCAGAAAUCGAAGUGAUACAAGAAAGCAAUUCCGAGUGAGUUGAGUUGCUAACAAGUUGAGUGUCAGUGCUGAGAAAAGUGCCUCCUCGCCAGCUGAAAGGAUUUACGCGCUCGACAGUUCCGCCAAAUCACAGUCGCCGAACUGAACUGAAGCCAAGACAUUGUGUCCUACAAAAACCUUAGAUACGAAGGCCACACACUCCUACUGUCCAAGUAUAGCUGAUCAUUGCCAUCGGAUCGCUGAGAACUUCCUUCCCGCGCGCAUCCCCCUGAACAGCCGUCAAAAUUCUUGAUAAAGUGGCCUCAAUAGGCGCCAACACGCUCAAUUUCACGGACCUAGGGAGCCCCUACGAGGGGCCUCCCAGCACCCCCCAGUCGGGCAUGGACGCCCCCGACGCGCCGCACACGCCCAAGUACAUGGACGGCGGGAACACGGCGGCCAGCGUCACGCCCGGCAUCAACAUCCCCGGAAAGUCCGCCUUCGUGGAGCUGCAGCAGCACGCCGCCGCCGGGUACGGCGGCAUCCGGAGCACCUAUCAGCAUUUCGGACCGCAGGGCGGCCAGGACUCCGGCUUCCCCAGUCCGCGCAGCGCCCUCGGCUACCCGUUCCCGCCAAUGCACCAGAACUCCUACUCCGGCUACCAUCUGGGCAGCUACGCCCCGCCCUGCGCCAGUCCACCGAAGGAUGACUUCUCCAUCUCCGACAAGUGCGAGGACUCCGGCCUCCGCGUCAACGGCAAGGGCAAGAAGAUGCGCAAGCCCCGCACCAUCUACAGCUCGCUGCAACUGCAGCAGCUCAACCGCCGCUUCCAGCGCACCCAAUACCUGGCCCUGCCGGAGCGGGCGGAGCUGGCGGCGAGUCUGGGCCUCACGCAAACGCAGGUGAAAAUCUGGUUCCAGAACAGACGCUCCAAGUACAAAAAGAUGAUGAAGGCGGCCCAGGGCCCGGGCACCAACAGCGGCAUGCCUCUGGGCGGGGGAGGACCCAAUCCCGGCCAGCACAGCCCCAAUCAAAUGCACAGUGGCGGUAAUAACGGCGGUGGCUCGAACAGCGGCUCACCCUCACAUUAUCUACCUCCCGGACACAGUCCAACGCCAUCGAGUACACCCGUGUCCGAGCUUUCACCUGAAUUCCCACCAACGGGCCUCAGUCCGCCGACGCAAGCGCCGUGGGACCAGAAACCGCACUGGAUCGACCACAAGCCGCCGCCCCAAAUGACGCCACAACCACCUCAUCCAGCGGCAACGCUACAUCCGCAGACGCACCACCACAACCCGCCGCCCCAGAUGGGUGGCUAUGUGCCCCAGUACUGGUACCAGCCCGAGACGAAUCCAUCACUAGUGACUGUUUGGCCGGCGGUCUAACAGCAUCCGAACCAGCUGCCCUCGGCUGCCUGGACGCAGCACCAGCUGAGCCUGGAGCAGCAGCACCAGUCCCUGCACCAGCACUCCUGCCAGGAGCUGGGGCACCAACUGCAGCUGGAGCAGCUGGAGCAGCUCGAGCAGCAGCACCAGGCCCAGGCGGAGGCCCAGCACCUCCUCCAGCGGCAGGACCUCGCUGGCAGGGCCUUCGGGGGCGGGGCAGUGCAGCACACGAUAUCUUAGCCAAUAAACAAUAAACAACCAUGAUAGCAACCUGUAAAAUAUCUAUGAAAUGUCGAGAAAGAAGCGAGCGAGCGCACUGGCAAGUUAAGCGUCAAGUUUUGUACAUUUGAAACGUAAUAUAAAUAUGUUUACCAACGUGAAUAAAGUCGUUCUAAAAUGUAGUCUAGCUAAGAAGAAAACAAAAACACACACACACACAAGCAACACAAAAAGAAAAGAAAAAAUACUUAAAGCAGAGAACAUUCCUCAAUCACAGAAGCAAGGAGAGAGUAUGAAACGUGUCCUUUAAUUUUGUUUAAUUUAGCAAAUUAACUAUGUAUAAACCUAUCUAUAUGAACGUAACUAUAUGUAGUGAGCAACAAAGUAUAAAUCGUAAAGAGUACAUCGUAAAUAAAUGAAAUCAAACAAAUGGAAAUCAGCUGUUGAUCUUAGAGUUUCUUUCGAGUGAUUUGUUCUUGAGUAGAAGAGUCGAAAAAAGGCAAAAGAACGAGCAACAGAAAUCAGUAAAAUCAGAUCUCAAAUGCAAAAGGAAAAGUC